GCAAAAAAGGAAACUGCUAUGAGCGGAGAGGUUACAGUUAUUGAAAUGAAGAAUCCUUUGUUGGUUUAAGCACACCCCUUCGUGCCAUCCUGUCAUUGGUUGGUAAACUUGUUAGACCUGAUAAACAAGAACUCUUACUCUAGUUGGUGGUAUUUCAAUUUUAGAAACUGUUCUGCACACAAGAUUGCAGCCAGUCUCUGCUGGAUCCUGGCUGGCGACAGGUGGCUGCAGUGUGCAGAACAGCAAUUCCCAGCGGAGACCUUAUAUUGUGCUCUGUACCCACCCUGCACCUGCCACUGCACUGCAGGAAAGCCGAGAUGGAUAAAGGUGCACUACAGAUUGCUGGCCUAGUCCUGGGGGGCAUCGGCCUUGUUGGCACAUGUGCUGUGACGGGCAUGCCGCAGUGGAGGGUGACCGCGUUCAUUGGCAAUAACAUUGUGGUGUUUGAGGCCCUCUGGGAAGGCCUGUUUAUGAACUGCUACAGGCAGGCGAACAUCAGGAUGCAGUGCAAAAUGUACGACUCGCUGCUGGCCCUUACCCCGGAUCUGCAAGCGGGCAGAGCGCUGAUGUGCGUGGCAAUCGUCAUGUCAUUCUUGGCCUUCAUGGUCGCCAUCGUUGGCAUGAAGUGCACGGUGUGUGCGGGAGAUGACGAGAGAACCAAGGGACGGAUUCUGCUGGCGGCGGGAGUCGCUUUCAUCCUAUCCGGCAUCAUCGUUUUGAUUCCAGUAUCUUGGACGGCGAAUCAGAUCAUCAGAGACUUUUACAACCCUCUUGUUAACGAAUCCCAAAAGAGAGAGCUGGGGGACGCUAUUUACAUAGGCUGGGCGACGGCGCUCUUUCUGAUAGCCGGAGGGCUGGUUCUGUGCUGUUUUUACUCCACCACCGAGAAAAAGUUCAAAUAUUCGUUGCCCUCAAAACCGGCAUCGAAUGCCCUACGUGGUGUAAUGUCCAGGAAGACAUCAAGUCUGUACUCAAAGAGUCAGUAUGUCUAGCAAAUGCUUUCUGCGUGUCUACAGAGUUAUGGUCUGUUUAAAGCAGCCAUCGAUUUGCACUGUUCUUGUUUAAAGAUAAAGAUUCCAAGAUUCUUCUCUUGGUGCUUAAAGGACACAGGAUGCCCUAACAGCGUCACUGGAUGCAAGUGGAAACACUCAAUGCGCUUACAACUAAAUAUACGUCUUCACACCAUGGAUAUAUGGAAGAAGAAUUUCUGACGUUCACAUUUUAUUAAAGGGUAUUUCGUCUUCGGUGAAAAGAUGAUUAACUGGUAAUGGAGGUGCUGCUGGCUGGCAGGUCAGGGAAGAAGCUAAGAGAGACUAAUUACUGCAAUAUAUGACUUCAUUGGAUUUUCCUAAUGAACAUUUAACCACUGUAAAUAACAGAACUAUAAGUUAGCCCCGAGGAUUGGACGUUGCAACUGGGUCACUGAUUACUGUAUAUUUGAUAUUAUUUUGGUUGCGGAACUGUGAAAAAAAUGAUCGACGAAGGAAAGGUUAAAUAUCAUUCAUACAUUUACUUUGGUUAUUAGAGCUAUUUUUGUAGCACUUAUCCUAUGUACAGUACAAACUCUGCUAGUGAAGGAACAGUUUGAGUGUAUUUUAGAACGUCUUUUGAUUUUAUGCAUGUGUAUCACUGCUUUCUGUUCACACGGCACAUCAGACACCUACCAUCUGUUUAAGCUUGCAUUGAAAAGUUUUUCAGAAGUUAAAACUCUUGGUAAGGCUCAGAUCCAUCUUUAACUCUUGUAGUUCAUUGCUCGUUAUAUAACACGACAUGCACAAAUAAUGCACCAUGCAACUGCUGCAGUUAUAUGGUCCAAUCAACAUACUAUAAGGUGCAUGAACGAAAAACUGCGCAUAGAUCUGUAAGGAGGUGGAAAGAUCAACGCUCUAGAAACUGGCGCAUUAUGCAAAAGUGUUGGCGCUACAAACUCCAAACACUCCUAUUAUUAAAUGUUUUAAUUUUUCUCCUAAAACAUUGCUUAGUUUAGAAUAAUAUACUGCUUAAUAAUGAUCAUGAGGGGACAUAUUGUCUGCCUUUAUUACAUGUGACGAUGCCGUCAUCUUGUUCCCUAAACACAUGCAUUUUGUCAGAAUUUUAGGUUGAUCAGGAUAUAAGAUCAAUAAUUGAUUUUUUGGGGGCGUGUGUCGGGGUAGGGGGUGUCACCAUGUAUUGCUUUGUGCCUUGUAAAUAAUGCCCGUAAGCUUCUGAUUGGUCCAUACUUGUAUAGAGCUUGCUGUCCAGACAAGCACAAUACCAUGAUACAUUAUCCUUAUACAUGAUGUCAGUCUGAAUAAUAUAACCACACCACUGAUAUGCUUUUAUGGCAGAUAUGUUGAUUUGUGUGUUCUGAAAAGGGUAGGGGGAGGGGGGACGACAUAUAUAUAGACUUGCCUGUCACAUGUCUAAGUGAAAUUUUAAAUAUAUUUUAUUUAAAAAAAAAUUACUAUGACAUUUGAUAUCCUCUUGUAAUUUUUAGAGCUUGCUUCACUAUAUGGUUUGUUUAUGAAUUCUGCAUUUAAUUAUUGAUGGUUCCGCUGCUGAGAAUGUUUGCUGUGAGCUAGGAGCCCCAACUGAGUGAUUUUCCUAAGAGAUAUAUGGUGGAGACAUUCGCAUUAUAGAGAAAGAUGGGACCAACCACACUACAGUAUCACAGAGGUCCAUCGAAAUACAAUAUACAUUAUUUCCCCAAGAAAAUAGCAAUGUUCCCUUAAAUUAAUUUAGAGCAUGGAUGGAGAACCUUUGGCCCUCCAGCUGUUGCUGAACUACAUAUACCAGCAUGCCCUGCAACAGUUUUGCAAUUUGACAAUGCCAAAACUGUUUCAGGACAUGCUGGGAUGUGUAGUUCAACAGUUUGCUAUUUGGCCAUGCUAAAACUGUUGCAGGGCAUGUUGGGAUGUGUAGUUCAACAACAGCUGGGGGGCCGAAGGUUCCCCAUCCCUGAAGAGCAACCUGUUAAAAACAUGUUGGUGGCAAUAUUCUAGUAUAGAGUUUCUCAAACUCCAUCAUUACAGUACAGGUUUUAAGGAUAUCCAGGCUUGAGCAAAAGUGACUUAAUUAGUACCUCAGUCAUUUUGAUUAAACCAUCCAGACUCAAGUGUGGAUUUCCAUAAAUCGUGGACUGCAAUGGCGGAAUUUGACAAACUCUGCCUUAGGGUGGUAUUCAAUUAGCCGCAGUAAACUACUGCAGCUAGUUGAUCUCCUGGGGGCUAUCCAAUUAGCCCCCAUAAGCCAGCAGUUAUCAUAGAUUUAUUUCACCUGCACGAGGUAGGAGAAAAAAAAACACACAAUAAAUGACACGUUUUGGUGAUCGCGGGAGUGAAAACACAUGGGUCCAGGAACUUUUCCUGGAUCCUAUGUGUUUUCGUCCGAAUACGGCUCAUUUCUCUGACAAAAAACAAAAAAGGAGCUACAAUUGAAUUGCCCAAUAAUGACCAUCGGGCAAAAAUCACAGAAAGAAAAAAACUGUUUUUUUUUCAUCUGAAAAUUUUUCUGAGGGUAAUUGAAUACCCUCCUUUAGUGUGUUCCCUGCCAUGUUACAAUAUGGCGGUGCUGUACUGAAUUUCACAUUUGGCCUGAAGUGUCCUGUAUUUCCGAAUUAGGUUUGUGGAUGAAACUAUCAACUCUUUAUCUUAGUACAUACACUUAGUGGUUUAGAAAUUGUCUUUCCCAUAAUAGUGAGCCAAUAACUAAGACUGCAAAAGCCUACAGCUACUUUAAAUGAUGUGACCUGUAGGUCAGCAACUUCGACUGCUAAAAGUUACUUAUUUCCAGGGUUAAGUAAUAAAAGGAUACAAAAAGGAUAUGCUGUAACUCAUAUCAAUAAAUCAGAAGUUAGCGUUCACUAGUCAGAUCUUACUAGGGUGACGAAAGCUGAUAAUUGGUUGCUAUGGGUUACAGGACUCCAUUGCUCGUUUCAGCAUAUUAUUAAAUAACUCCCAUAGGAUGUUAUCACACAGAAGAGUAAAGCAUUCCCAUUAGUGUGAGUGUAAAAUUAAAUCAAGUCAUCCUCUACAGACUUCUGUCAUCUUUCACCACUAUAAUGCUGACACUAUUUCUCAUGUCUGUUAGCCCAUGUGCUGAAAUUAGUAGCAAAUAUAUGUAAUUUCAGGGGUAAGCAACCUCUGGCACUCCAGCUGUGGUGGGACUACACGUCCCAGCAUGCAGUGCCGCCAUUUUAGCAUGCAUUAACAGGAAAACUGUGGCAGGGCAUGCUGCGAUGUAUAGUUCCCCAGUAGCUGCCACAAGUUGCCUACCCCGUUUUACCCUAGUAAAUAAGCCUCUGAGAAAUGUCACAUUUUAUUUUAAGACUGUAAAUAAACUGUUAUUUCAAUA